GCUGCACAGUGUACAGUAUUACAGACAGAUGGCACGCUUCCACUCAUACGUACACGCGAUCAUUAAAGCAUCUGAUCUAAAGAAAAGGGCUGUUGUUUUUGUUACGCUGCUGAAGCUCUCACUCUUGGAGCAAGAAAGAAAAUCAAUUUAAAUCUGCAUUGUCCUGUAAACGUGUGAGCAGCAUAUCUGUAGGAAAAACAAAGCCAGUAAAAUACGUCUCAUAGAGCGUUCCCUUUACUGUUAUUUCCUUGGAAAGCACCCAUAAGGUUUUUUCUUUCUUUCUUGUUUUCAUUCAGUAACGACAAGCAGAGUAGCCCAAAUGGAAAAAUGACUUUGGUGGUGAGUGGCAUAAAGCAAUGUUAUUUUUAAAGGUGUACUGCACAGAGCUGCUAGUUCUUUAUGAAGUAAGGAAUGCCAUCUGAGCUCCUGCAUAAAUGUUUCACUGGAGCAAGUGGAAAAAAAGGAUGGGAGCUAAUAGUUCUUCCAAGAGGCCAGUCUUUGAUGAAAAGGAGGAUGUGAAUUUUGACCAUUUCCAAAUUCUUCGGGCCAUUGGAAAAGGAAGCUUUGGGAAGGUAUGCAUUGUGCAGAAGAGGGACACAGAGAAGAUGUACGCUAUGAAGUAUAUGAACAAACAGCAGUGCAUUGAGAGAGACGAGGUCCGGAAUGUCUUUAGAGAGCUGGAGAUUCUACAGGAAAUUGAACAUGUAUUUUUAGUAAAUCUCUGGUACUCAUUCCAGGAUGAGGAAGACAUGUUCAUAGUGGUUGAUUUGCUCUUAGGCGGUGACCUACGCUAUCAUUUACAGCAGAACAUCCAGUUUACAGAAGAAGCAGUCAAGCUGUACAUCUGUGAAAUGACCCUGGCUUUAGACUAUUUACAGAAUCAGCACAUAAUCCACAGGGAUCUCAAACCAGAUAAUAUCCUUCUGGAUGAACAAGGCCAUGCACACCUCACUGACUUCAACAUAGCAACAAUAAUAAAAGAUGGUGAAAGAGCAACUGCUUUAGCUGGAACGAAACCAUAUAUGGCACCUGAAAUAUUCCACUCCUUUGUGAACGGGGGCACUGGAUAUGCUUUCCAAGUGGACUGGUGGUCUCUUGGAGUCACUGCUUAUGAAGUUCUUCGGGGAUGGAGACCAUAUGAUAUCCAUUCCAAUAGCACAGUGGAGUCUCUGCUGCAGUUAUUCAGCACAGUGAGUGUGCAGUAUGCAUCUGUUUGGUCUAAAGACAUGGUGGCACUGCUGAGGAAGUUACUUACUGUGAACCCUGAGCACCGCUUCUCCGGCCUCACGGAUAUGCAGAGCUCUCCGCUCCUGUCAGAUGUGAACUGGGAUGCUGUGUAUGAAAAGAAGGAGGAAGCUGGCUUUGUACCAAACAAAGGCCGGCUUCAUUGUGAUCCUACCUUUGAACUUGAAGAGAUGAUCCUGGAGUCCAGACCCCUUCAUAAGAAGAAGAAGAGGCUAGCAAAGAACAAGUCAAGGGACAACAGCAAGGACAGCUCCCAGUCCGAAAAUGACUAUCUUCAGGAGUGUCUAGAGGUUGUACAACAAGAAUUUAUGAUCUUCAAUAGAGAAAAGUUGAAAAAAGGACAGGAAGAGUCGAGUCAGUCGGAAUGCCAGCUGGAAGCUGAGGGAGCUGCUGCAGAUGACAGGGAGGCUGAGAGCUCCACUCUGAACAUGUGCAGCUCUGUGUGUUCAUCCACAAGCAGCUGCUAGAGUCACCUGCCUUUACUCAGGCUGCACUCUAGAAUAAUGUCCUUGCCAAUACAAUUCUCAGCCUUUCUUUUUGCAGCUGUUAUUGGAAUUAACCAUGACUGCCUUUAAAUCUAACUUUGUAGCAAAAACAAAAAAGUAGUCUUUGAACAAUUACAUUUGUAAGGUCAAAAGAGCAACACCUCUAUGCAGCAUUGAGCAUGGUGGUGAAACGGGCUUGCCAAGACACACAGGGCAUGGCCAACCUGAAACUCCAGGGUUCAUGAGAGACACUGUAGGAGACCUCUCUGUGUGCAGUGAUUAUUACCCACCUGUUCAGUUCAGCAUGGUUCAGAACAAGGGCAGGGGAAUUGCACAUCCCAGCAUAGAAGCCACUGGCAUGUUGCUCUUCUCUGUCAGUAAUUCAUAAUGUGUGUGCAUGGUCCCCUCUACACGAGUUUGCAAAUCAGUGCCAUUGAAGUGCCCAUCUCGAAUGACUGUUGAAAAAAAUUUCUCUUAAUGAACUGGUAGCAUAUUAUUUAAAUAAUACAGUAUUUUUAUUUAAAAAAAAUAAAAAAAUAAAUAAAAAAAUACCCCUUUUAAAUUAUUGGGCCUGAUUGCUGAAACUUUAAGGACGGUUUGAAGGAAUGUAUCGUUAAUGACUGUUUUUAAAAUAUUUUGCAUUAAUAUUAAUUAAGCCUGCCUUUCAUGAAAGUCGUUUCAGCUGUUUUAGAUCUUUUUUCAAAGCAACUCUUUAAUCUAUUAGAACAUUUAUAAGCACUCUUCAAAAAAAAAAUUGACCAUAAAGUUCUGUGACUAGGGCCUUUUAAAGAAAUAUUAUGCAAAAGUGGCGUUUGGUUUGCUUUUUGUAUAAAAUAAAUUCCAUUAUUGUUGCACAUUAAUAUAUGCAGGUACUUUCUGAAAUUCCUUAUCAAUAGUAAUGUCUUUGAUCCCAUAGAAAAGAUAUAGGUCUAUGAAAUACUGCCUGUGAAAACAUUUUUGGUCAGGUAGAAAGGUGAAUAAUAUUUUUACUUUCUCUGGCCACUAGAGGGAGCCAUGGAGUGUGGUGCUGUCAUCUAAUGAGAUCUACAUUUUAUGGUUCAUUGGUAGGGGUAAAAGAGAAAAUAACAUCUGUACAGCGAUGUCUUCAUAGCGCACACGAGUAGCUGGUUGUAGUCAACAGGAUAUUGAUUAUCAUGGAGAGUAUGCUUAAGUAAAGCAGGUCUGACCUUUUUAUAAUACCACUCUUUCUCUGGGAUCAAAUAAUGAUUGUUAAUUAUUAAUAACAUCUGGAUCUAAAGUUAUUUGGAGAUCUCUAAACUUAUUGCUCAAGGAUGAUCUUACCUUUCUCAUGUCACACAUUUACAAUAUACAGCUUCUUGUUUUUAGAACUUGGCAAUGGCUUAUUUCACUGGUUGUUUUUUUGGUUAGAAACCUUUCUACUGCCGUCAGAUCUCAGAUGACAGUAAUUGAAUAUUCUAUAAUUUCUAGAUAUUAUAUUAUUACAGCAACAGUAGUUUAAGUUAACUAAACAGAUUUGCUUGUUACCAGAAUCUGUCAGAGUUAUCAUGGUGUGUUUAGUUAAUAUUAUAUUGCACUGCUCUUCAAGAGCUCAUGUGGGUUAUAUAUAACUUUGUAUGUAAUAUCAUAGUUAAAGUACUGCUUAAAUGAAUCAACAAUCUGCUUUGUAAUCUUGUUAUAGAAAAGAUGGAAGUGGCUUUUAGCCAGCAAUCAGGUAGAUGGUAUUGUAGGUAAUGGUCUUGUUUAGUAUUGUUGAUCUCAGAUAGACCUCUCCCUUUGAAAUACAAAGGGUUUAUAUUCAAAUAUAACAUAACUUUGCUAAGAAAUGGAUAGUGCAACAAGUUGGACAAGUUGCAAAAAAUGUUUAAAGAGGUGUGAGCUGAUUAUUUCUGGAUUUUCAGGAUCACUCAGCAUCACGCAACUUAAAUUUCAGUCCUAACGACAUUAUAUGUAAAUAUUAAGAACAUCAUUUUUCCUCCACAGUUUUAUGUGGAAAACAUACUUAUAUAGGUUUAAGAAAUAAAGACGUAUGAAGCCAAAUUUUCAUACAGUGUUGUUUUCAAACUUUUUCAAGUGUGCAGGCACAACUUGCAGGCAACAAACGCCAAAGCUUUUAUACCAUUUACAUAAUCAUUUCUAAGGAAAAUCAAGUAUGUGUCUGUCUUGUGGGCAGCAUAGCCAAUGUUUAUUUCUGGAAGUAUAUACAUUUGCGUUGUGCAAACCUGCAUGUAUUGUGAGAACCUUGAAAAGGGGCCAUGGGGAAUAUAAGAAGCCAACUUGCACUACAAAAUGUAGUCUUUACAAGAAAAUAGUUGUGGUUCAUACAAAACAAUGCCAUGCUCAGGAAUAGACUUAUAUGAAAGAGAGUUGACAGACUGGCUGUGUAAUUCAAUAAAAUACAGUUUAGCUGCACAAAUAAUGUCCCUUUUACAGUAUUUUACUUGCAGUCCGUUAUUGGACUAGACAAAUCCCACAUUGCAUGCAACACACACCAGAGCACAGUACAUUUACUUGUACUUGGGAAACUUCUAAAUGGCAUUUUGGCAUGGCAUAGACAACUACAUUGUGCGCAUAUGAGCACAGACUGUCAUACAUUAUCUUGCAUAAUUAUAGAAAAGCCUACACAAUUAAUUAUCUGUCCAUUAGCGGUCAACUAGGUUUUUAAACGCAAUGCACAUUGCUUACAACUUAUAUACAAUGUUGCCAAUGUUGUGUUGAGUAAGUGGCAUGGUAUUUAGAUGUUUACGGUUUAUUUUGGCAUUUUGUAUUAGUCUAUUUAAAACCAACACUGUUGGAAUAAAAGUACCUCUUAACUGAGAUUAAAUAACUAUAAGACAAUGACGAAAUGCUGACAAUUUAGCAAUGCAAGGAAUGUAUGUACUUCAGUGUAAUUACUUAAGUGUAUUUACUGGUUGUACUUUUUAAUGCAUGACAGGGAUUGGUACUUGCAAUGUAAACCAUUUUUGAAAACAGUGUAUUUAUGUAGCAAUGAAUGUGAGAUUUUUAAUGCUUAUAUAUAUAUAGACACACAUAUAUUGAUAUCCUUGCUGUAAUGAGAAAAUAAACUAGUUCUUGUAACAUG